AUGAAGCUCAAAUCAAAUGAUCCAGAUUUAAGAAAGAAAAUGGCCAGCUCAAGCAAAAAUCCACCUGAUUCAAAGAUCAAAUCUGUCUCAAAAUCUGAGGUUAAACAUAAAGCUACAUCGUCGUCGUCUUCGAAAUCGACCACGAAAACAACUACUACAAAAGUGAGAGAAAAGAAAGUGUAUAAUCUUCCUGGGCAGAAACAUGAUCCUCCAGAACAGAAAGAACCUCUAAGAAUUUUCUAUGAGUCCUUAUCAAAACAAAUACCAACUAGUGAAAUGGCAGAAUUUUGGUUAAUGGAACAUGGGAUGUUGUCUCCAGAAAAUGCCAAGAGAGCAUUUGAGAAGAAGCAUAGGAAGCAAAAGGAGCUGAGGACAGGAACUCCUGUGAAGCCAGCCACUAAAACUGAAACUUCCAAUAAACAAGCAUCUAAAAAUGGAGACAUUAAAGCAAAAAAAGUAGUUGUUGAGAAUGAUGAAGAUGAUGAUGAAUUUAUUUCAAGUCCUAAAAGAAGAAAAGGGUAA